UUGAAGCUCAGUGAUACAAAACAUGAAACACGUCGUACAAAAACCUGAAGUUCUUUUCACCUUGAACCGAUCUAGUGAAAACCACAUUCAAAACCACAAUCUAUCCAGCCCCAAAUGUAAUAAAAUAUGUGGUAACACCUGUGUGAGGCUGAAUUAGGCCUGUUAAAAAAAAAAAACUUUAGAAACAUUAAUAUAUUCAGAAAUCACGUGCCAUGUGGUUCCUCAGUGCACAAAUACACAUCUUAAUUUCUACUCCUUUAAUUACUACAUUUCAAUCAUUAUCAUUAUGACUAAAGAGAUUACUUUGACAAAUCUUUUAUUUAUAUUUAGUUUACAUAAUCAUAUUUCUUCUGUUUUCCAGGUGUGAAAUGUAAAACUUGGCCAUGAUGUUUCUCAGAGAGGAGGGACUACACAGAUCUGACACAAUCUGAUCACUUCAGUUAGAAACAAUUCAGUCUGAAUCAUCUUAAAGUGAACACAGCGCACUGCACAAUGGAGAUUUAUUCAGUUAUUCUCUUCUACAGUCUGGCGUCUGCUGUCUCUGGAAACAUCACACCGAACAAAACAGAGCUUUUUGCUGAGGAGGGUUCAAAUGUUACAUUAUCCUGUAGUUAUUCCUCUGCAGAUUAUCUAUUCUGGUACCGUCAGUAUCCCGGAUCAGCUCCUGAAUUUCUUGUGCUCCUCUAUGAUGGUACAACAACCACCGAAACGUCUGAUGUAGAUCCAAGACUGUCUGUUAAACUCACUAAAUGGGAACAAACUCAUGUGUAUCUGGAGAUCUCCUCUGCUGCAGUAUCAGACUCUGCUCUGUAUUACUGUGCUCUGAGGCCCACAGUCACAGGAAACACAUCAGAUCUAUACAAAAACCUACAAUAUCCCAACAAAGAACCUCAAUAUUUAUUACACAAAUUUGCACGAUCACAGAGUGCUGCAGACACCUCUGAUGAUCGGUUUCAGUCGACUACAUCAGGAACAUCCACUGAACUCACUAUUACUGAUUCAUUCUCUACUAAGACCAGAAAAGAAAAACAAGAUACAAAAGAGAUCAACCGUGUGGAUCUGGAGAUCUCCUCUGCUGCAGUAUCAGACUCUGCUCUGUAUUAUUGUGCUCUGAGGCCCACAGUCACAGGAAACACUGUAACACUGUACAAAAACCUGACACAGCUGAAGAUGUACAAAUAAUUUCCUUCCAUAAAUCUAUCUGAAUUAAA